AGGGUGACGUCACUCUCCGAGGGCGGGGUCGUGUCGGUAGACUGGCACAUCAUCAUCAUGCAGGAUACAUUGUUGCGGCUGCAAUGAUGUACGAGGACGAAUAAGAAGAAGAGCUGCAGGUACAGCGAGAGAUUAUUCUGUUUCACACGUUUCCCCAUAAACCCCGUUUCUCCCAUAAUGUCGGGCGGAGAUCUUCGCGUUCUUCGCCAAGAGCCAGGGCAGGAGAGCCCGAGGAUGCCGGCCUGGAAACGCGAGAUCCUUGAGCGGAGGAAGGCGAAGGGCGGCGGGUCCGGAGCAGGUGCCGAGUCCGUCGCAUCUCGACUUAACGGCGAGGGAACGGCCAGCAACAACAAGGACGAUAUUACCAGCGCACAUUCUAGCAGGAACUAUACCGUUACUGCUGCCAAGCGCGCGACUAAAAGCCCGGAUCUGUCACCGGUGAAAACAAAAGGGCACUGGCCGUCCGCAGAUCCUUACGACUCGGAGGAGAUAACAGAAAGAGACAACGGAGCGCAAGAGAGCCUGGUGCUGCAAGAGAGCUUGGGUCCGCUGCAGGAAAACCCAUUCAUUAAACUGGAGAAAGAACGCAAGAAGCGUCAGACCCAAGAGAACGCCGCGCGUCCCGUUCAGCACAUCCUCGAGUUAUAUGGCAGCGUUCCCGGGAUACGGACUAUACGCGCUGAGAAUAUCAUCAUCAUUGAAUCCGACCCUGAGUACUUUCCGGAAGGAUGUAGUUUGAAGCACGCGUCGAAACUGCAGCAGAAUGGCACGGUGAGCGGAUAUAGCUCUCUCAAUGACCUUUUAGAUCAGAGAGGUAGUCCUGUUACGGAGAUACGCGCGAAGGAAGUGGUUAUUUACGAUACUGCGCUUAGUAAAAGCGAGGAAAACCUCAGCACGCUGGGACGACCCGCUUCCUCUCCGCUGGAGGGCCAAGGGAGGGUGAGUCGCAUGCUACAGAAAUUUGAUAGGAAUUAUGGCAGGUUGCAGCCCAAGUCGCGCAGCACAGAAAACCUCCUGGACUUGGACCAUACUCCUGUCAGGCCAAGCUCCAGACCCAAGCCAGACGUGGUGCCAAAAUGUCCAGUGUCUCCGCAAGCUGGCUCUCCACACAGCAAAGUCUUCCAAAACGCACAGUCUACCGUAAUCAAUCAUCUCGCCUCUCCUUGUGACUCAGGGAGCAGUACGCCUGUUUCCGGGUCCCCUCAGUUAGUGUCUUCUGCACGUAGACGUUUUGAGGGGAGUGGGGGACGAAGUGUCACUGUGCAUCCCAAGGAGGACGCUGAGAUGUCCCCAUCCAAGCCUGUUAGAGAACGGGACUGGGACAGCACAGAUGGGGCCUCCAAAGCCAAGGUGCCAUGCUCUCCGGAGAGCCACCGUGCCCGUGCCGACUGCACUCCUAGCCCCACGUCACCCCCCUUAUCGCCCAGCUUCGAGAUCCGGCCAUCCCCUCGCCCCGAUCUUUCUCUCCUUCCGGCCGGUGAUCUACAGGCCCGUGCGCUCGCCAACCUGCGUCUUCAGUCUCGCAAUUCCUUCACCGUCAUUCCCAAGAGUCGCGCGGCCAUCUCGUCACCUGGCAGCACUGCCCCGUCCAGUCCUGUCCUCUCCCCCCCGUCCCCACGACCCCUGGUGGGUGUGGCAGUUUCAGAGCCCGCUGUGCCAACCCCCCUGCCUACUUCUUUCACACCCCUCGGACCAAAGCUUACAGAAAAGGUGACCAUAGAAGCCAAAACAGGGUCUCCGCAACAUACCCCACCUGCCACACCCACCUCCCCAACCCCAUCUUCUCCACCCUCAAUUGGCUCACCUGUCAAAUCAGCCUCACCCCCAGAGGAACCUCCAAUCGAUAUGCUGCCUAUUACGAACAUCGAUGACGUAGUCGUGGAGCCCAUGCCGUCCGUCGUGAGCCCUGCACUGCAGAGGCGCAAAGGGAAUACAUUUACAGUUGUUCCAAAACGGAGGCCCGAGCCUCAGCCUUCUGAGACCCCGGAGGUUGUCACUGAAUCUCCGAGCACGCCACAAGCCCCUUAUGCCCAUCUGGGCACCCUGAUUAAAAAGCGUUACCCUGCUGCAGAAGAGAUCGAGGUCAUUGGGGGCUAUCUUUCCCUGGGGCGAUCCUGCCUCUCGAAGACUGGAUCAUCAGGAAAAAAGUUAAAAAUAUCCUUCAACGAGUCCAGCCUACAGAGCACAUUUGAAUACCCGUCCGAGACCAGCGCGUGGGAGAGCGGAGAGGAAGAGGACGAAGGAGAGGAAAAAAGAGGAGAAGAUGACGGAGGGAUCAUUGCAGGGAGGAUAAGCAUUCCUCGUGCCAGCUACACCAGCUCACCCACUCACUCCAACAACACCACGGAUCUGUCCAGUUACACACCCAAACACUCAGUGGAGUUUAAUGCCUGGCAGGAACACAAGCUCGAUGAGUCGGCUCACCGGGAGGAAGACACUUCACAGAGUACAGAGGGGGUCAUGCUGACACCUGCCGAUAGCUCCUCUCUGUCAGACUUCAGCAGUGAACCAGCCCUCUACUUCUAAACCUUCCAGACGUCGGGAAGAUACGGGACCAACCAAUGCCUGCCAGCACCAGCCUGGAUGCAAAGAAAAAACUUCCAGAACAAUGGAGACCUGUAGCAACCAACACGUAAACAUACAUUUCGUAUUCCGUGGCCGUACGCCAUCAGCGUCAACAGCAGGGUUUUCCUCACCGCUGAUCCACGUAGCGGAUGUGUCACACACAUCUGACCUCCUGUUGCCACCGAUUGUGAGCGUGAUGGACUGUGUUAACGUGGAAAAUGGCUUGAAUAGCCAUUCCGCUCUUGAAUUUCACUCUUCCAUCACGUACUUGCUCUACGUAUGUAAUACUCACCUCAUGAAAGUGACCAAAUUUCUAAAAGAGUGAAAGAUGAAAGACUUGUCCUUUAAACAGAGAAGGAAACUUGAGGACUCCAGAAAGAGGACAAUAAGAGGGUGAAGCAACAAAAAAAAUGAAAUAAGUGACUUGUUUAUGUAUGACUGGUGAAAGGGUGCCACAAUCCUUGUUCUAUGUGAUGUUUUUGUAUGUGCAUGUGUAGGUCUGUAUGACUCCCAAACUAUAGAAUUCGUCCACUUUAGUUUCA